UACUGUUGGGAAUUAUGCGUUGCUAUGGGGAUAGGUUAGCUUGUUGAUCAAGCACACCAUUUUCUACUUCGCGAAACAGAUAAAUUCAUUUUUAAUACUUUCAAUGUAAUAAAAAAAAACUGGUAAAAUAUGCAAACAAGAGAAGAAAAACAAAUUUUAAAAGUGAUAAAAGGCUGUGCCAAACGCGAUGUACAAGUUUCUAAACAACUGGCUUCUACAUACUAUUAUAGUGCAUUAAUAAAUCCUUAUAUAAAUACCGAAUUAUAUCAGAAUCCAACUGACAACAAAACUGUUCGAAUUGUUGAUCAGUGCGUUAAUAUUCUCUGCGUACAAGAUGAUGCCGGUGUUUUGUGUGUGAAAUCACAAAUUCUUAUUGAAAAUAAAUAUCAAAACAAAGAUCACGUGAUCGAUGACGUACGCCGAGACUGUAAUGAAAAAAUUAAACCUUUGAUAGAAGAAAUUAUGGAUUCGGUUAGUACAACACAAGAUGAGAUUGAUGCUCUUUAUCAUCGUGUAAUACGGUAUAUAAUAUUAAUUAAUUAUAUGGGCAAUCCAUUAUCAACGGAAUGCGUUCAAGCUACUUCAGAUGCGUUAGAUAUUGUAUUUAAACAGAGCGAUGUACUGAAUUUUGAAAAUUUAUCAACCGUCUCAAAGGAAAACCAAUUGAACGAAUUUUCACGAAUUGUCUGUGGUAUUAGAUUGUACAACUUUGAUCAAAACGAAUAUGAAAAAGAUGUAAUAAAUGUGACAGAAAUAUUACCAAAAGCAAUAGAUUUGUUACUACAACACACUGAUAUUGAUUAUGAUAAACCUACAGCUAUUUUGACGACAUUUCUUAGACAAUGUUAUAAAAUAGACGAAGAUAUUUCAGCUCCUUUGUUUGCAAUACGAACAAAGUUAACGUCAGUUAGCAAUUCUGAUUUAUUGCAAUAUAAGAAAAUAUUAACAUUUUAUUAUCAACAUACAAAUGGACUGAAGACGAUUAAAAAAGAUCUGAUUAAUUGCAAAGAAGAUAUACCUAAAUUAUUACAUAAAUUUAACACAACUAUGGAAUAUAUAAAAACCGAAUCUAAAAACUCUAUGAUCACAAAUGUGUCAAGUAUUAAGGAUGAAUUAAUUGCUAUAUCAAUGAUAUGGGAUGAAAUGGUAUCUAUGAUGAACUAUUUAAGCGUCACGACUAAUAUAAUAUUAGAAAUGAAACAGCUGCUUAGUAAAAUUAACAAUAAGAUGCACGAAGUAAAUAAAACACCUUUAAUACAAGAUUUAUUUCCUUGCAUUAUUGAAGAACGUCAAUUAGCAAUCAUAGAAAAAAGUAAUCUACAUCCUAUGUGCACAUGGUAUCCACCGUCAGCGUAUUCCGAUAAGAGACAAUUCUAUGCUAAUGGAUACUGUAUAGUAAUGAUGGUAGAAACUGACGGUUUAUUAAUGAAGCAUGACAAUCAAAUAGGCUUGAUAAAUUAUGAUAAUAAUUGGUUUGGAUUCACUUGUAUUCAGGCAGCAUAUCACUUUGGAAUUAGGCCUGCAUAUUAUGUGAACGGUUUUUUCAACUUAAUGAGAUGUCAUACACACUUAUUAUCAUACUUCCACAUGUAUGAAGAAAUAUCAAAAAAUCCUUAUUUAGUUGAAGAUCAGGUGUACACAAAACAUCAAAAAGCAAGGUAUAUAGAUGCUAAAAUACAGUAUGAAUCGAAAAUAAUUGAAGAUUUUCCUAAUGGCAAACCAUUUAACUGUCAAUGUCAUCAAACUUUAAAACAUAAAAAUAUAAUAGAAAUGACUACACGUUGGGUUCAAACAAUAAGCGAAAUAGAAGUACAGACCUUAUCCUAUGCAGAAUUUGGAGUCAACACUUUAAAAGAAAAAGGGACAAACACAACAAAAAACUUAUCUAUAUACUUAGAAACAGAUGAUCUAUUGCACAAACCAAAAAUUUUAUAUCCAAGUCAACAAUGGAUGAAUAAGUUUGAAGGAUUAUAAAUAACCACAACUAAAGAAUUAUAAUUUAUUUUAUUAUAAUUGUUUUUAUAAUAUAGAUUGUUUUCUUAAAAUUAAUGUAAAGUAUUCUAAAAACACAAAAAUGCUCGUAAUAAUUGUUUACAAAAACGUUUUUACAUUCAAACAUUAAAAGAGCUAAUUAUUAUUAGCCAAAAAGGUGCAUUAUAUGAAAACCACAUGAUUCCAUUAAAAAAUAGAUAAAUCUAAAUAACAUGUUUAGACCUUUUUACUAUUACAUUAUUCUAGGAAUGGAAAUUUUAAUACUUGCUAGUCAAAAAUUUAUAUUAUAAAAUAAAAAUAAUAUUAUUUUUCACAUGUACAUGAAGAAACACAAAGGUAUUCAUUAUUACAAGGUAAGAGAAAUUAUAGGGAGGGAUUUAAAAAGGGGUAUUUUAGUAAAAAAAGGAUUUUUGUCCAAUUAUGUUAAAAAAAAAAUUAUGAUACAAAAUGGUUUUUUAAAAAUUU